UGAAACGGAGAUUGCGCCGACCGAUGUGCCAUGGCGUGCCAUGGAACUGCAUUCAGUGAUCACAUCUCCUGCAACGAUCUUGGCCACCUACAAAGAUGUCCUCAUUUGUGUUGUUGCGUCUGCGCUGGCGGGAGUCGGUGUGGGCUUCUUUGGUUGCCUCUUGUCCUCAGCUGACAAGCAGCGGCAGCUGAAUGGAGGCAAACACACAGAGCGCAGCCGCAUCCGCUUCAUACUGGGGGCGAUAGGCUCCACCAUCUUUGGUGUGCUGUCACUGGUCGGCCUUGCGUACGGGCCGGUUGCGCUGGUGGUGGUGGUGCGUGCGGGAGCCACACUCCCUGCGAAUGCACUCUUCAGCCAGGUCUUUCAUCUUCGGCCCUUGACAUCCAGCGAUGCGUUGGGGACAUUGGUCACGCUUUCAGGUGUGGUGUGCUUCACCCUCUUCCAGGGUGACCCGGGCCCAGAGGUGACCGUCUCCGUCUUCAUGGACGUCGUGGCGAGACCCGUAUCAAUUGCCUGGAACACCGUCCUGGUGGUAGCAACCCUUGCGGCUGUUCUCUAUAUGAUGAAAGAGCGCAUUCAAAAACGGAGCUGCCUGCUUCGCCGCUCCAGAAGACUGAACUCAUCAGGUCUUUGGCCAAACUUCCAUCAUGGCCGUUUCUGGAGGAAGAAAGCUCAACCGCAAGAAGGCGAGAGAGAGGAGAGAGAGGAGGAGAAACCGAUGGAGGCCACUGAUACAAGGAGAAUGUGCAAUCAGGAUCUGAAAGAGGUUUUGGCGGUGUGCAUCGUCACCUCCUGCAGUUCGGCAGAGAUGGACGUGGCGGCCAAGGGUUGGGCCGCCGCCUUGAAACUCGGCCCGGCUGCCGCGCUUGAAUCGGCCCUCUUCUGGAUUUCCGUCGUCGUGAAUGUCAUCUUUCUAGUUGGGAUGCGAGUUGGGACGAUCAUCGGUUGCCACCGAUGCGACGUGCUCCUCUUCAUUCCCAUCAGCACAGUGCUGAACAUCUUUGUGAGUGUGGCGACUGGCCUGGUUGUGUUGGAAGAGUGGCAGCAAGUCGACUCCUGGACGGGCUUGGCCUCCAGUUCCCUCACCGUGCUGGGUGGCAUCAUCAUGCUCGUGACCGGGCCUGCAGAGGCCGAAGCGUCAAGGGUGGAGUCCUCGGAAGAGGAGAGCGAAACAGUGGAGGAGGAAUCGACAAGCGAGGAGGAGGCUGAAUGCGGUGCAGUGCUUUGCGGUGCAGUGGAGGUGGACACAGACGAGGAGGGCCAGCAAAGGUCUGGCACCGUGAGCGUGUCCGAGCUGCUUGUGACCACCAAGAUGCACGCCUUGGCUAACAUGAACCUCAAUCACUCACGGGCAGCCUGGUCCAAGACACAGCGAGCUCAUGGCCCACUUAUUCGAGAAAGCGCCCGCUGGUCUUCAGCGCCGAACCUUCAAAACCUGCUGCCCCCGGCCGCAUCGAUGCAUGCAGUUCCUAUGUUCUCCUUUGUUCUCCUUUGUUCUCCUUAUAUGAGCUAGCUUUUCAUAUGUCGCCUUGCAGUGCAGUUUGCCUCCCGAGUGUUUGAAUUUUGCGCUCGAGGAGUCCAGCUCCACGGACUGAGCCGCUUGGAACGCUUGGAAUCUUAGCGACUUGAUGACUCCAGUGCGCUCAGGCCAACGCCCGGUUAAUGAGCACUUGAGUCGGAACCGUACCAUAGUCAGUCCAGCAGCUGACUGCACUGCUUAUGUGGCAUGGUAAAAGAGAUGCAUAGAUAUGCAUCGAUAUGGACGGAUAUUCACGACUCGCGGAUGUCCGUGGUCAACGACUUCGUGACACCCGGCUCAAGCAAUUAUUAAGCAG